AUGACAAGGCUCCGGCAAGGUCUUUGCCGAUGUUUGCUGGUCGGCGUGGUUCUAGCGGUCCUUCCUGGCUGCACGUGGGUUCCAGGGACCGGGGUGAGACCUAGUUCACGCCAGCUUGUCGCAAGACCAGCGUACAAACCCAUCUUGCGGCGAGAUCCAACAAUAAAUCAGAACAUGCAAAAGUGGAUGGGUCAGCAGCUCCGCCUGGUGAAGCGCCAGGAGGCAGGUGGCUUCUCCAAUCCCACAGAGAGGAAACAACUAUAUUUGAAAAAACUUGGCUUGGACAAAAAAGCCGAUGAGAUUGAACAAAAGAAGCAACGUCCCCCGUGGCAUUUGCCGCACAUUGUGGCCGGCGACAAAUUUAUUGGCAACUUCCAGCAUCCGGACCUAUACAGAGGUGAGCAAUUGGACUUGAAAUUCACAGCAACGUCAGACACAGAGGCCACCAUCUUUUCCAGACGAGGCGACAUCGACGACAUAGUGACGUUCAAGCAAGAUUAUCCUAUCGCCUUUGAACCGGGUGAACAGAAAGAUCAGGAUAUGACGGCGUAUGCUUUCCACAAGUUCAACGAGAAGUGGCGCGACUUCGAGCAGCCAAUGCCGAAAGAGGAGGAUUGCCAACACAUGUCAUUGCCAAUGCUGCAACAGUUCUUCAGACAGGUGGCAAAUGUCGAAGGAUUCCCAUCCGAGAGUGAGUAUGCGGAGAACUGUGCAGAUUCAAGCAAAGGCAUGACGCGUGAGGAGUUCCUGAAGUACCUGCGUGCGGAAUCGCAGGACUAUUUGGAGAAAGGUUUCAAGGGCAUUUUCACUGGACGACGCCUCCAGUUCACCGAUGGCAAGCUGGCAUUUGACGGCGACUUCCAAACAAUCGGGGACAACUUAAUAUAUGGCUUUGUCACGCUGGGCGGCGAGCCUGGCGGAACCUUUUCACUGGAGCUGGUGAAAAAGAAGAAUUGA